AUGAAGACCGCACCCGCAGCCCUUGCUUCCCUCGCCGCCCUCCUGACCUGCGUCCAGCAGAGUCCCGCGCCUGUCAACGUCGUUAUCCCUGCUGUUUUGGGAGGCGUUGGUGCCGGAUUCGCUGGCAAGGCCUUCAAGGAAUUCGGUCUGCGCGACGAGAGGCCCAUCUACCGUCGUGACGAUGACCCAUUUGCUGGUCUUCCCCAGCCGGCUGCAGACCAGUGCAAGUCCCAGCUCCAGGGAGUCACUGUCACCUUCUCCCCAUUGGAUAACAAUGGUGUCCGCGUUGACGAUGUUCCCUCAUCCUGCAUGACACUUGCCAAUGUGUUCUUGGACGACGAUUCGGGCGACUCCCGCCCGAUUCCCAUGGGUAUGUUUAUCUCGACCUCACCCACUUUGGCGGAGUCCAAAAUUGCUGACAUCUGUCUCACAGGGAGCGCUAGCUUGGAAUACCACAACCUCUCCACUGACCAGCUGAAGCAGCUGCAGGAUGCCUUGGAUCAGAGACAGGGUAACUAA